AUGUCCACUCAAAACCCCAAGCCGGUCAAGGUCACGACCUUCCCCCUCAAGAACCAACCCGGCCGCGUCGUGAGCUACACCCUCCUGGCCGGGCUGAUGGCGCUCGUCUCGCGGCGCGCCUUCAUCGCCCCGGGCUCCAUCCUGUACAACACCCUCAUCAAGACCCCCGAGGCAGCCCCGACGGCGGUCAAGGUCCAGGACUGGGCGUUUAUGCUCGUGGUCGGCGCACACUCUAUCGAGGCGCCGCUCUUCGCCGCGACCAAGCUGAGGAAGCACGGCGUGCCGUUCUUCAGCGUGCUGUGGUGGAAGUGGGUGCUGGCUUGCUUCGUUGGGGGCGUCUCUGCAUGGAAGCACUUCGCGCUGACUGUUGCCGCGGCCGAGGGGAAGAGGGCGUAG